AUGACUGAAUUCGAUGCCCCCCACUCAGAUCACCAUCACCAUCAUCAUCAACAACAGAGUCAUCAGGCCCAGACUCAAGAACAACAACCACUUCCUCAUCCACCACCCCCCUAUCUCGAACACCAACAGACCCUGCUUGUUGACUUCGAUCUCGACACUUAUCACCACCUAUUCACUCAGGACAUCCCCCACUCCUUCGAACUUGACUACUCUCAUCAGUUCAACAGUGAACACAUUAAUAAUAACUUAACUAUCAAUAAUAACAAUCAGGAUGAGAAUAGCCCCCCCUCAUUCCAACUACUCAACCCACUCCCUCCAGCCAACUCAUCCUCACUCUCUCUCUCAUCUACUACCUCCUCUAAUUCCAACCACUCUUCUUCCUCUGGCACAUCAGCUGGCCCUCCCAACCACCAGCCCAUCUGUCUAUCCUCUUCUCCCUCCUGGUCAUCACUCGACCAGCUCUUCCUAGCAUCUCUGCCCCAACACCCUCAAUCUAGCCCACUCUUCCCAAUCGACCUCAUCCCAAACCCAAGCUCAUUCGACCAAACUCACGACCAGCCCCUCAACCAGCUCAACAACCUUCCCGACUUCUCAUUCGAUACUCACCUCCAGGACUGGAAUCUCUCCUUCGACCCAACUCACCCUUCAUCCUCCGGAAACCCGCAUGAAUCUUGCAAUCAGUCCUGGCUCCGGCCCUCUGACUGUGUUGGAUUCUCCGAGAAUGAUUCUCAUCGGAUCGUACAGCCAAUGUUCCUACAGGAACAGGGCCCGUCGCUUUCCGAUCAGUAUCUCAAGCAGUCCAACCGACCAAGCGCUGAGGACGAAGAGUAUGGUGACGGACUCGCCCCUUCAAUCGAUCUUGAGCCCACCAAAUUUGUCUCGCCCUCCCCUGGGCAAAACACGCCAUACAUCCCGAUCUUGCCUAUGAAGCGGCUACGCUCAUCGCAUUCGCAAGCGGAGGAACAUGCGUCUUCCAUGGCCACAUCCGAUCUCAGCCCAGCGACCCACAAUCCUUCGGUAGCCGUCGAGCAGCUGAUCCAACCUGAUGGCCAAGCCUCCGCCAAUCAGACCUAUGAAGCCUCCAAGCCUAAACGCGCUAAAAAUCGGACCACUAGCUCGAGUUUGAAACCCCAUAUCUGUCCAGAAUGCGGGAAAUCAUUUCCGAGAUUGACCAGUUUGACACAACAUAAAAUCACGCACAAUGGAGAACGGCCAUUCCGGUGUGGCUUCGAGGGAUGUACGAAGAGCUUUACGACUAGUUCGAACUCUAAGCGACACUGGAAAACUCAUUUUUGA